UACAGGCUAUACGGCUGCUUUCAUGUCAGUUCUGCUCGGUGUUUGCCCGGAUCCUCAUUCAAAUAAGGGGGAACGGAGAGUUUUGAUGGAUUUGUCGCUGCGUGUGCGAUUUGGAGAUACAGAGAGCAUCACCUCUAUCACUGGCAGUAUGAAUGUCGCUAUUACUAAAUGACCUGCGGGCACACUAUCAUAUGGAUGUUGUUGGACACACCAAAGCCGAUUAGACAUUGGGCGACCUUCAGAGAUGGAAGUGACUGUUUCAUACUGCUAAAAAAAAACUUGACCCACCUGAAACCAAUCCAUGUGAUCGUUUUACGAGGAUUAAUGGCAUGUUCUCUUGUGGGCACGUCUUUGACCUCUGAGCUCUCCUAGAGGUUAAAACACUAGCCAUGAAAUGUGGUAGAGACAUGUGACAAAUCAGGCCCACCAUGCUAGACCGUAGUGGGCAACAGUGUUACAGUCACAAUACAAUACAUGGAAGCUAAAAGGAAACCUCUUGACUUUCUAGUCUUAGUUUUAAACAUGGCUUGAGUUGGGACUGUAGAAGCCUCAGCCAAUUUCGAUGAUUAUAGAAGUCUCUGAGGAAGCGAAGAGACCAUGUGUAACAUCUCAACCUCGUGCAAUGUUGACUCGAACAUAGAUCAGUUCUUCCAGCCGGCGCUGUAUAUUAUCGUCAUCGUCCUUGGGUUCCCCACCAACUGCAUGGCCCUAUGGGCCGCAUACAUGCAGGUCAGACAGAAGAACGAGUUGGGGGUCUACUUGAUGAACCUCUCGGUGGCUGACCUCUUGUAUAUAGCCACUUUGCCGCUUUGGAUUGAUUAUUUCCUCCACCAUGACAACUGGAUCCACGGUCAAGUGUCCUGCAAGCUGUUCGGUUUCAUCUUUUACACCAACAUCUACGUCAGCAUUGCCUUCCUCUGCUGCAUAUCUGUAGAUCGUUACUUGGCAGUGGCUCAUCCCCUGAAAUUCGCUAAAGUCCGCAGGGUCAAAACAGCCUUGCUGGUCAGCGUUGUUGUGUGGGUAACAGAAAUAGUGGCCAACUCUGCGCCUCUCUUCCACGAUGAGCUUUUCAAGGACCGCUUCAACCACACCUUCUGCUUCGAGAAGUAUCCCAUGCAGGAUUGGGUGGCCGGGAUGAACCUUUACCGCACUUUUCUCGGUUUCUUGGCGCCUUGGGGAGUGAUGUUGGCUGCGUACAGAGGCAUCCUGAGAGCCGUGCGCAGUAACGUCUCCACUGAGCGCCAAGAGAAGCUCUGCACCGGUGCAGUGUGGCUGUCCAGUGACCUGGAAAGGAGUAAUGCCAAUGGGUUUUUAUCUGAAAGUGUCGGACUGUACAAACGUACGUGUCUGCGUACUGCUCCUUGA